CGUCACUCACAGGCACACCUUCAUCCCAUCUCAGCAGCCACAACUCUCGUGCACUCCAGUCUCCGGCUCCUCCCUUGUCAAGAUGCGUACAGUUUGUACCUUUGCUGUGGCUGCCCUGGCUGGAACUUCCAGCGUGGUGGCCUUCGCGCCGCCGUCCGCCCCGCUUCGGCCUGUGAACACGAGAAGCAGUAACAGCGCUGCCCUGAAGAUGGCCUACAUCCCGGACGGGCUUUCGCCUGCGGAGUGGAAGAAGAUCAAGGACGCGGACAAGAAAAAGCAGGAAAAUCUCGGGAAGUUGGGGCCAUCGAGGUUCAAGAGCCGUAGCUUCCAGGCAUGGCAAGAAUCGGGAGCUGGCCAUCUGUUCCCUGUUGACCCGAAGAAGGUCAAGUCAGGCGAAAUUCCGAUGGACAAGGUGCCGUACAUGCAGAGGGGAGGUGCGUGGGACAACUCCGACCUCACCAGCAAGAAGGGGCAGGCUGCGAUGCGCUCGAGGAAGGACAAGGUUGUCUUGAACAACAAGGUCUCGAAGGGCGUGAAGCAGAAGGAAUGGUCCCAGACGGACAAGGCCUACGCAGCGGGUGGGUACAAGAAGGAGCAGAGCGUCUCCAUCUUCGGUGGAGCUCCGCUUCCGUGGGUUUCCGGCGCCGCGCAGAAGUCCCCGGGUGUUGAGAUGGACAACAACCGAAGGAUCAAGGAGCAGAAGAAGGUGAAGAGGGCUGCCACGAACGCACCGAUGUCCGCCGCGGUCAAGCGACGCGUGGAGAAGGAGGCCGCAGAGGAGCGAAGGAAGCAGGAGAGGCUGAAGAAGCAGCUCAACGGCGAGAAGAAGGGUCUCUUCGGAUUGUGGUAAAACGGGAGACGGUGUGGCUUUUUUUGGACGACGUUGAAGGGGCAAUCAAGCAUGAAGACUGUUAUGCCCCCGUCGUUUCUUUGCAUCACAGCGGUUGCUGAGGUGGUAUCUCACGCGGUCGAUCCUUACGGCUUGCGUGCAAUCAUUCUCAUUUGAACAGGAGCACCUGUACAGGUGAAGAGACUUCGGACUUUGUGCAGAGUGCGGUCGUUUUCUUGUGGUUGUUGCCGCGACUGAACUCUGGUUUUUGGGCUAGCGAGUGGUUCGGGUAGCUUGUAACAAACACCCACGAACCCCACUUCUUGGGCGAGCGAUGGGUCUGAAGCGUAGUUUUAUUUCUGUGUACUUGAUGUUCUCACGCACUGGGAGCGAGUGAGUCCACAUCUGUUUCGCGAUGAGGUCAAACUAGGGCCGUGACAUGAUGGAAGACAUCGUUCUGUCAAUGAUCCCUGCGCGGCUGUAAGAUCCCUUAAAUAGGCUUGCACGUUUGCUUCGAUGCAUGCCUCCAACUUUGGCGGGUGUUGUCCUUGAGUGCCUGGUCCUCACACGUAGUAACCAUGCGCAGCUCGGAAUUGUUGCAUGACCUGCAUAGUGAGUGACUCAGAAGCCGCAGUAGUUGGAGCCGAAAUCAUGCCAUGGGAGGUGUUCCUGGCUGGCUGGGGUAGGCAAAACUCGAGUGUCCGCGUAAUAGGUCGAGCGACGGGAGAGAGUGAGAUGUAAAAAGCGGAAGGUUUGUAGAAAAGAUUAGGAAGCGUAAGUUCUAGCACUUCAGAUCGUUGGUGACGAAUCGAAUGCGAUUUGGUACGAGGGCUUGGAUUGUGUGUUCGGGGGGAAGGACGGGGUGGUGGGGUGUUAGGCGACGUCAGACAAUUUUUUGGGCCACAUGGACUACAUAGACCAAAGAGAUAUGUUGGCGGUUUCUGUUAUCAAAUCGGCCAGAUGUCACAUUUGAAGUUUCGUGGGUUUUGCAAUACUAAGGCCGUUUCUAUCGCUCUGUUCAGCGGCAGAAUGGAGAAUAGAGCUCUGCCUUCGGAAAUAUCUCAACGGAACGUUAUAAUUUUUUAACAAUCUGAAGUUCCUGUUAACACACCUUCGCCCUUUCAAACAACGAGUUGGCGAGGAAUUCUCCGUGCUUAACCAGUCUCCUUACUAAAGACUCGAUUCGGGGUCUCACGGAAGAGGUACUCAUCUCGUGAGAGCGGUCCACUCUCGUGCUACAAGGCGAGAAUCAUCCUCUGAUGAUUCCGAAUUCCGCCAGUGUACCGUUUUGAGCAAACAGAGGCAGAUACCGACUUGCGGUGUUGUAGGGCUUUGUUUUUGGUGGUACGAUGCAAGAUCCAGUGAUCAGCCUGGGUAUACAGUUAACCCCGCUGUAAGAACGCACAU